AUGUCUGCAACAAUCAAGUUGGAAUCCUCAGACGAGAAGGUCUUUGAGGUUCAAAGAGAGAUUGCCUGUAUGGCUGUCACCAUCAAGCACAUGUUGGAGGAUCUCGGAGACACUGAUACCCCAAUCCCAUUGCCAAAUGUCACCGGAGUCAUUUUGGAGAAGGUGUUGGAGUACUGCAGACACCACCACGAGCACCCAACUCCACAACAGGACGACAAGAAGGAUGAGAAGCGUUUGGACGACAUCCCACCUUGGGACCGUGAGUUCUGCAAGGUCGACCAGCCAACCCUGUUCGAGCUCAUCCUCGCCGCCAACUACCUGGACAUCAAGCCACUGCUUGACGUUACCUGCAAGACUGUUGCCAACAUGAUCAGAGGCAAGACCCCAGAGGAGAUCAGAAAGACUUUCAACAUCAAGAACGACUUCACCCCAGAGGAGGAGGAGCAGAUCAGAAAGGAGAACGAGUGGUGUGAGGACAAGGGUAACUAA